AUGCCGCUCAUCGACGAUUUCGACAGUCUCGAUGAGGAAGAGGUGUUUGAGGCUCAGCACCCCUUUGGUUCGCUCAACAGCCGACUGAUAGCAAACGGGAUGGAUGGUAUUUUGCUAUCAGGCGCUUUGGACCAAGAAAAAGUCGGAGUCGCAUUGAGAAGCUUGCUGGACCGAGAGCGGAAAAUAACCGAUCGCGUUUCUGCAAUCAACGAAGAGUACCGCAAGCAGCAGCUGGAAUUGAAAAGCUCGAAUCAGAAAGUGCAGAAUCAAGAAAACGAGAUCGAGAAGCUGGAGCGACUUCUGCACGAUGCGCGAGCACGAGAGCUCAAGCACUUGAAGAGAAUUGACUCGCUCGAAUUGAAAUUGCGAGAAAAAACUGAACAAGCAAAGAAGUUGUCGAUUUCGCUCAAGAACCAGGACAGCAAGUUCAAAAUCGACAAGAGAAAGCUUGAAUCAGAGAACGGCCGCUUCAAGGACAAACUCAGCGACUUGUCGAGAGGGCCGAGUACUCGAGAGAAACGAGCGAAAAUGGAGCUCGUUAUCAACAUGAAAGGAUCUCUAGCCGCCGGCUCCGUUCGCAACGGCAACACAAGCGCACUGGCCAUCGACCGGCUUCAGAAACAGAUCGGCUCGCUCUCCGACGAAAAUGGCAAGCUCAGAAAGUCACUGGUCGAGGCACAAGAGCAAAUUUGCGACACGCUCGAGACUUUUCCCAAUUUCAAGGCCGAAGUCAAACCGAACAAAGUGCCGAUUGACGGAAAAGUUCACGAGCUAGAGUGUGUAAUCGCCAAGAAUUGUGCGAAGUUUCGCGAUCUCCUAGGCUCAAUCAACGAGCACAAUUCGAAGCAGCUCCAAGAGCUCGCUAGCGACUACCAAGCAAAGUGCGAGCGAGACAUGGCGACUAAAGUGGCCGCUCUGGAACGCAAAGUCGAAGAAGUAAAAGCAGCAGCAGAAGAGCAUUCGGAGGAAAGGCUCUUCGAGCAAAUACUCGACGUGGUGGAGAAGGAAGCAAUCCUCCAGGAACAAGACAUUGAUGAUCAUCUUCCUCCUCAAACUCCGACAACCCUCAAUCCUCAGCUAGAGCAAGAAGUCACACCAGACUUCGUGAAAAAAAUAUUCGACAAGCAGAGAGGACAAUCUGGGCGCAACUCGACUGGACUCAGGAUGCAAUUGUCAGAAGUCAAGCUCAACUCGCCGGACCCGACUCCCAAUCAACGUCUCUUCCACAACGAUAUCGCCGACGACUCCUUAGAACUCUGA